AUGCGUAAAGCUUUACCAGAAUAUAUGUUUGAAAGAGUUACUCAUGAACCGGGUCUCAAUAUAUUUAUUGAGGAGAAUGUCAUAGAGUAUGUCUGGAUUGACCGACGAAUACGACAAAUGCCUAUCAUUCCAAGUUAG